GUUAACACAUACAAGUGCUUAUAUUAACAAAUAAGUUAAUCGGUAUUCAAGUUUAUAUUUCUAAUGGACAUUUAGGUUUAUUAUACUGGAGGAGCUGACGUAUACUAAGAGAUUCUGAUAUGUAUGAGACCAGUAAUACCAUACAGGCUAAAGAAUGCACUGGUUGACGUUAUGUAUACUGUCAGGAAUCUUGGUUAUAUAUUUAUUGAUUGGAGGGGCGAUCUUUAUGGCCAUUGAGAAAGAUAAUGAAGACGAAAUAUCAGCCACACAGUCCUCUACAUUUUCACAAUUUCUUACUGACAACACGUGUGUAACAGCCAGUGAACUUUCUGCAUUUGCAGCUGCGGUUAUUGAAGCAUACGAUUCGGGUGUUGUAGCGACUUCAGACACAUCCAGCACGAGUAACUGGGACUACGGCGCUUCCGUGUUCUUCUCUGCAACAGUUGUUACAUCAAUAGGGUACGGACACAUUUCACCGACAACUACAGGCGGCCAGGUAUUUUUUGUUUUCUACGCUAUACUUGGGAUUCCUUUAACCGCCGUAAUUCUUGGAGCAGUCGGUGAGAAAAUGACGAAGCCUUACAAAAAGUUAGAAAAGAAACAAUUCUUUCCAAAAUAUCCUAAAAGUGAAACAAUUGGGAAAAGAGCAAUUUUCGCAACCCUUUGUUUUGUGUUGUUUUCAUUAAUUCCGGCGGCAAUUUUCCAAGCAGUAGAAGAUUGGAGUUAUUUAGAAGCGUGGUAUUACACGAUUGUUACACUUACAACAGUUGGUUUUGGCGAUUUUGUACCAGGUCAAAGUGAUUCGGACCUUCGUGGUUUCUACAAGAUUAUAGUAGGUGCAUGGAUAUUUUUCGGACUUGCCUGGCUCUCCAUGGUGCUAAAUCUAGUCGGAGACUUCCUCAAAACACAAGCUAAGAAGGUUGAUAAUGACGAGGACAAGAAAGAAAGCAAAGACGAUGCUAAACCUAAUGGAGCACAGGGCGGUACUGGACUUACAGAAGUUGCAGUAUAAAAUAAUGUAAAUGACAUUUAAAGGCUGUAUCCGAGCAAAAAAUUGAAGACAUUACUGUCAAUAUUCACAAAACGUCUCUCCCAAUUGCGCUUCUUAAUUAUACUGUACAGAGACAUUAAGAUAAAAAGAGAAACAUAUUCGAUUUUCUGAAAUAAUUCUCAAAUAGGUUAAUAAAUUACUCAGUAGAAUAAAUAAGUUUCACCAAAAUUCAGAAAUAAAGCAAUAUUAACACGCAAUACUUACACAAACCUUAUUCAUUUCUAUUCAUUAUUCUUGUUAUUUAACUGAUAUUCAAGCUUCCGAUUCAAGCAAUAUCAUUAAAUAUUAACCGUCUUUUUCCUUUUAUUUUUGUUAAGUUUAAUUUGAUAGUAUAUGUCAUAACUUAUCUUUAUAGCAUUCUUUAGUUUUUUUUUUCCAACGGUAAAUAUAAAAUACUGCAUAUAAAACAUUUACUUAGUAUUCUUUUUCUGAACACAACUCUGACCAUUUUGUUACCUAAUUAAUGUCAUUAAUAUUGGAAAAACUUGUGGUCCGAUCCAUUUUGUUUUUCUCUUAAAUCAGCAUGUCAUGUAGAUCUAUAUGUGCGUUUAUUGAAAGAGUUAUGUGUACCCAUGUAUUGUAUGUUAUGAAUUUAUAUUAGCAAUAAAAUAUGAUUACAUUGUAAAUCAAUAAAUAUCAUUAAUA